CCCGCCUGCUCUCGACGGUGCCGCAUCCUCUCCGGUAGGUGAGCCCACUUCUGUGACGCCACCAUGUCGGAGCAGUUCGCCACCGCGGCCGCCAUGUCCUGCCUGAAGAUGCUGCUCAUGCUCUUCAAUGUCUGCUUCUGGAUUAGCGGCAUCGUGAUCCUGGGGAUCGGCAUCUGGAUCCAGAUCAGCCUGGACAAGUACGUCGAGGUGUCGCCCGAGUUUUCCGACUCUGUGCCGUAUGUGUUCAUCGCCAGCGGAGGGCUCAUCAUCCUGCUCGGCACGUUCGCGUGCUGCUGUACCGUGAAAACGCAGCCGGUCCUGCUCUACAUUUAUUCGUUCUUCCUACUUCUGGUAUUCUUCAUCGUCCUGGCGGCCGGAAUAUCUGCCUACGCCCACCGCCAAAAGAUAGUUGAGGUCUUCCAGGAUGGUCUGAGGAACGGCCUGAAGGAGUACGACGUUGACAAGGAUAAGAAGGAGGCCAUUGAUUUUAUCCAAUCGACGCUCCACUGCUGUGGCAUCAAUGGCACCACCGACUGGAACAGCACCCCGUCGGCCCGCUCUCCCGACUCCUGCUGCGCCCGAUGGAACGAGGACAACACCUGUGUGGUCGUCUACCACAACGGCUGUUACAAGAAGGUUAUGGAAAUAUUCUACACUAACAUUGGAAUAAUCGCCGGCGCUGCCAUCGGCCUGGCCUUCUUCCAGGUAAUUGGCAUCGUCCUGGCUUGUAUGCUGGCUAAGAACGCUAAGCGGGCUCACUACCAGCAAGUAUGAGGUUCGGCCCACUCCGGCCCUCACCAAAUGGCGCCAGCCAACGGGCUCAAUUGACAACUAGCGCCAUCUCUGACCGACCUGACGCGCCACGGACAGCAGCUGUAGUCGACAACAGAUCCACGAAGCAUCACGAACCGAAUUAUGAGCGGCCAAUUGAAAGACGUGAACAAGUGCAAUUUUAUUUGUUUUGAUGCACAACUCUAGCCCAUUCUUAUUGACCACCAUAACACCAUGGAAGCUCAUGUAAGUUUACAAAUCCGGUCGGCUUCGCAAAGCUUUAAUAGUGCAUUUAUAUAUCAUUUCCCUAUUACUCACAAAUGCCCAAAAACAUUCAUUGAUCUAGAAAUAGCAGCGCUUUUAUGAUGUUAGGUUUUCACGGUACGCACUGCAAGGUCCAAAGGUGUCACUAUACUGAUGUAAGGUUUUCUUUGAAAAUUGGUUGGCUACAUGACCUUAACCCUAUUAGUGGCAGGCUCCUGGCUACCCCCUAUUAGUGGCAGGGGGGGGGCUGUUUACGACCCCCCCCUUGAUAUCUCGAGAUCUAACGGGCCGAUUUUCAAAAUUCAAACGGCAUUCGAUUUCGCUCAACGUGAUCUACAUUUCUAAAAAAAUGAAAAUUAAAAAAUGUCAAUAGGGGGGUAGAGGGGGGUAAAAACGGGCAAAUUGCAGAUACAUUUUAGACUGUUUAUCACGGCCAGGUUUCUGAACCAAUCUUAACGCAACUUUUGCCGAUCGAUAGAGAAUGAACCAGGAAUUCACAUGGAUCCUAAAAAUAUGCAUUUUCAAAAAUCAUAGGCGGAUACAGAUCAUUGAGAUUGGGGGUACACAAAAAGUAUAGUAAAUAAGGUUUUUGUUGGUACUGUUUCUAAUAAGGGUGGUAAUGGUCUUGUUAUGUUAUAACUUUCUUAUGAGAGAACGACUAAAAUUGUAUUGGUAAUGCAUAGGCGGUGUCAGGGCACCUAUGUUGGGAGGUAAAACAUAACCCCCCUUUUUGGACGCCUGGAUCCGCCUAUUAUAGCAAAAACGUGUCAAAAGAGGAUGCACAAUAACUGUAUAUGUUAUCACAUGAUACCUUUCAUUCACUGUUCGUAAAACUGGUGCAGCAUCGUGAUAUUCGCCCAAAUGACUCGCUUCACGAAUAGGACCCCCCAAUUCCCAGUGCUCUGGAGCCGCCCCUGGUAAAGUUAUGAACUUGAAAUUUUCAGGGAAUGUGCCCAAUUUAGUUUUAGGAAAAGUCAGAAAAUUUCAGCAUCGUAGCUUCAGCGGUUUUGGAGAUAUUCCCGAAAAACCUGAGGGGUGGAUAAAAACAACCCCCCCCCCCCCCUGCCACUAAUAGGGUUAAUUGCGGCUGAACACAAAUAGUUUUCUUUUGGUCUUUCAAAUUUACAUUGCACAAUGCACUUGGUGUAGGUAUUAUGGAGCUAACAAGUGUGGGUAGAAUCAUUAUCACAUUCACGUUAACAAUAUACCCAUUCAUUUUCAGUUAGUUUAUAGCACACGUAUUUAAGGUGACGGCAUGUGCCAAAAUGGAACGUAACUACCGAAUAUCUAAUAGCUUUUUUGUACAUUUUAUAAACUUGAAUAAUUAAUUGACUAAGAACUGUUUCUUUUUUUAGAAGCUAACUGAUAUAUAGUGAACAGAUGGAACUUCGUGUUUCAAUGUAGUUUGCACACUAAUGCACAUGUCAAUCGAGUCGUCUGUCGUCCAUGUGCAAGCUUCUGGUAUUUACAUAGAAUCGCACAUAAUUCCAUAGAUACUGUGUGGAUAUGCACUAUGGAAACAUCUGUUCUUAUAAGUUCGGAUGGUUUCUAGCAAGCAGAGGAGAGCGUUGGUCCAGAGUCGGUCAGAGAUGGCUGUAUAUGAGAGUCCGGGACGGCCAUUCGAAAGAUUCUCCUGUUGUCACGUGUGUGACUCGUCAGUCGUCACGUUUCUAUGGCAACCGAGGCACGGGGCUGGAGUGGUAUUCAGAGCGAGAUCUUUCUGAGAUGUGAUAUAAAUGUUAUUGAAACUCUGUUCUUUUUGUCUCGUUUACAAGGCUAGAACUCCAAACUUUGGUGUUUUACGUCGUAGUUUCAUUGUAGUGUAAGCUAUGGUAAAACUGCAAAACAGCACUUUUGCAGACUUCAGUGGUAUGUGGAACACUCUGAAAUACUUGUUGACUAGGUCAGAAUCAGUUCUGUAUCGUUUGACGAGCUACUAUCGCCAAAGCAUCAGCUGUGUAAUUGUGAAGUGUUUAUACCUGAUGUUUUUUUCAUGUGACAUUUGACUUAGCCUUUUGACCGUGUAUCAUUUAUCUAGCAUUAUGUAUAGUCCACCCUUUUUGAGAAUAUCUCUUCAGUUUAGUAUGUUUUUGAUAUAUGCCUAGGAAUUAGCAAGGUUCAGAUGUAUGUGAUGUAGAUACUAGAGAAUCGUUUUGCUUAGUUUAUUUUACCACAGUUUACCUGUCGCAGACUCGCAGCUGAUGGUUGCAUUGGAGGCAGCGGAGUGUUGUCGUUUAAUGGAGUGUCUGAACUGGAAAAACACAUAGCUUUACUGGACCUUCCAAUAUGAUUCAGCUCUAUAGGCACGUUACACUAUAUUUGAUGUUAAUUACAGUGUAAUGAGUGUGCAUGCAUAUCUAUAUAUUUAGCCAACAUUUAAAGUAGACAUUACCUUGUAGCAUUGUCCUUAUAAUGUGAAUUUUCAUCAGCCUUCUAUUCAGCCAGUGAACAAACAUUACUGUUCGUAUUGUGUGUACCUAUCUUGUACCUUUGUGCAUGAUCUGCAGAGACCUAUGCUGUUGUCGAUAUGCUUAUAAAUAUACAUUUAAUUACCUUUC